AUGCCGACAUGUGCACUCUGUGGCAGUACUCACGUGGCCAGUUAUCGUGGGUGUGAGCUGUGGAAGCGCGCCAUCGCUCGCCAACGUGGCCACACACCAGCGCCACGUCCGAAGAAGCCAGCAACGAGAUGGCCCGGCGUCUCUUUCGCGGCGGCAACGUCAGGGGCGCCCUCCGCCGUCCCGGCUGCUCCUGCCCCUGCCGCAUCCGAAGCCGUACCGACACCUGAGGCUCCUGCGCCUCCACCACAGCUGCUAGUGGCGGACCCGGGUACUGCCUCUCCCGGGACGUCGACGGGACCGCGCCCCGCCAACCUCCGGCGUGGGGGUCACCGCCCGAUGGGUGUCCAGCGCUCAGCACCGUCAGUCGAGCAGCCCCAGGUGGACUCGCACAGCGAAGCAGCCACGCCUCCCUCUUGCAGCGACGGGGCCGCGCCGGCUGCCUCCACCGCUGACCUGGCCAACCUCGUCGUGCAGCUCACUGUCAGUGCUACGAAGUUGAUUGAAGUCCUGUCGCAGCAACUCACUGCUGCAGUUCCGAUGGCCUCUCUGGCCCCAACCGCUGUCAACACUCACCAGCUGCACCAUGGGCAGUGUUAG